AUGUUGCUCGCAGAAGAUCCCGCGACGCUCAUCCGGCACACGAUCGACAACUUCAACAUCGGCCCCGACAAGGCCGCCGUCGAGCGCGUCGACGAGUCCCUCUCCACGCUGGGGCAGGCGCGCGACCUGCGCCUCCGCGAGGCCUCCUCCUCGCUGCAGCGCCUCGCGCGGCAGCUCUCCGCCGUCUCCCAGCGCCACCGGGAGCUCCUCGACGCACACGACUCGCCCGCCGCCGCCGCGGCGUCGUCCGAGCACGCCGCGGCGCUCGACAGCGAAAAGUUCCGCACCGCCAAGGCGGCGAGCGACGCCGAGGCCGAGGCGGAGCGCGCGGCGCUCAAGGCGGCGGACCUCGCGGCCCGGCUGCAAGAGCUGGAGCUGCAGGGCGUGGAGGGCGACGUCGGGCAGGGCGGCGGCGGCGCGGCGAGAAGGGACCUGGUGGACGACGAGGUGCUGCUGCGGCUCAAGGUGUAUAGGAGUUUGGGGAUAGACGUGGAGCGCGAUGGGGAUGGCGAGGCGGGCGGCGGGGAGUGGACGCGUGCGGUGAUUCGGAAUGAACGCAAGGGCGACGUGCACGUGGUGAACAUUGAGAAAAAGUUUUCGCGCUUCUUUUACGCGAAUUACUUUUGGAAGACGCUGUGA